GUUAAAUAAUGAAAAUUGCUGAAAUAAAAUAUUAUUAUUUAAGAUUCUGUUGCUAUUUGGGUGAAAUGUUUAAUAUUUUGUUCAUUUUAUUUUAAUAUUCUGUUUUAAAUUCAUGUGUAUCAUCUAGUAAAAUUGGCUUAAUACUUUAAUAAAGUGGGGGAAUCAUCAUUAAGCUACAAUAAUUGAACUGUGACAAUUGCAUCGUUGUUCCAAAGAAUGGAUAUUCCAGAGAAAGCCAUCUACUGUAACCAGACAUCAGUGAAGUCUACUGGAGAUACCUAUGUCCUGGGUGUUGGAAUCGCUGAUGUUACUGGACCUGCCGCUGAGGUUAAUAUGAUGGGUUAUGCCAAGUUGGGCCAAGAUUCAGGUGGAAUUCAUUUUCGUCUUUUCUCGCGAGCUUUCAUUGUCGAAGAUACCUCAGGUAAUCGAGUAGUUUUUGUAUCCGCUGAUAUCUGCAUGGUUGAUCAAGCAGUUAAAACACAAGUUGUUGCUCGAUUACAAGAAAAAUAUGGAGAUCUGUAUACAACCGAAAAUGUUCUCAUCUCGGGUACUCAUACUCAUUCUGGACCAGGUGGUCACCUGCAAUAUUUACUCUACACGAUUACCGCACAAGGUUUCAACUGGCAAUCAUUUAAUGUUAUUGUGGAUGGUAUCGUUCGUAGUAUCCAAAGAGCACACUCUUGUAUAAGAAAAGGACACAUUUAUUAUAAUAAAGGAAUGCUCGUCGACGCCUCUAUCAACAGAUCACCUUCUGCUUAUCUUAACAACAGUGCCGAAGAGCGUAGUAAAUAUCAAUAUGAUACUGACAAGGAAAUGCAUUUGCUAAAAUUUGUGGAUACCAAAGACCGACCUCUAGGAUUGAUAACUUGGUUUGCUGUUCAUCCAACAUCCAUGAAUAAUACUAACAGUCUUAUAUCCGGUGAUAAUAAAGGGUAUGCAUCUUUACUUACCGAAUCACACAUCAACAAUGCUAUGAAUGCAAGUGAAAUUAAUUUACCUGGACAUGGGCCAUUUGUAGCAGCUUUUGCCGCAACAAAUUUAGGUGAUGUGUCUCCCAAUAUUAAAGGACCUCAUUGUGCUGAUACCGGUCUUCCUUGUGAUAUUCAAACUUCGACUUGUGGAGGUAAAAAUGGUAAUUGUUUCGCUAUAGGGCCAGGAAAAGAUAUGUUUGAAUCGACUAAAAUUAUUGGAGAAAGACAAUAUGCAAAGGCAAUUGAGUUAUUUGAAGGAGCUACUGAACCAGUCUCUGGACCUGUAAAAUUUGUACAUCAACAUGUUGAUAUGACUUCCAUUGAAAUUGAAAUGCCUGAUGGUAAAAUCGCUCGAACCUGUAAACCAGCAAUGGGUUACAGUUUUGCUGCAGGAACUGUUGAUGGUCCUGGCGCAUUUGAUUUUAAACAAGGUACAACUACAUCAAAUCUCUUCUGGAAUUUAGUUAGAGAUUUCAUCAGUAAACCAAGCCAAGAUUUGAUUGAUUGUCAAGCACCUAAACCUAUUCUUCUUGCCACGGGUCAAAUGAACUUCCCUUACCCAUGGCAGCCAACAAUCGUGCCUCUUCAAAUUCUUCAAAUCGGUAAUAUCGUUCUUACCGGAGCUCCUGGUGAGUUUACCACAAUGUCAGGACGACGAUUGCGAUCAAUGAUUGGUAAAAUAAUGAGCCAGUCGAAUGGUAACAUUAUUCGUGAUGAUGAAAACAAAACCAGAGUUCAUGUGAUUUUAGCCGGACUUAGUAACGCAUACUCAUCCUAUGUGGCCACAUUUGAAGAAUAUCAAAUCCAACGCUAUGAAGGAGCCUCAACCAUUUACGGUCCUCACACCUUAGAUGCCUAUCUCUUGAAAUUUAGUGAAUUGGCACAGCAUUUGGUUAAUGGUACAACACCUGAACCUGGUCCUGAUCCACCCAAUCUUCUCAAUCGUCAAAUCUCUCUUCGUCCAGGCGUUGUUUUCGAUACGCCACCUCACUCCAAACAUUUUGGCGACUGUAUACUUCAACCAGAAGAAGAAUACAAACCAGGAUCAACAGUUGUUGUACGAUUUAUCAGUGGACAUCCACGUAAUGAUCUGAUGACCGAAAAAAGUUUCCUUACUGUGGAAAGAUUAAUUGAUGAGAAAAACGGAACUUAUCAAGUAAUAAGUACUGAUUCAAGUUUGGAUACUAAAUUCUUUUGGAAACGAACUAACAUUAUUUUAGGACAUUCUGAGGCCAUCAUUUCAUGGGAGAUUCCAUUAGAUACCAAACCUGGUCUUUACCGUAUAAGACAUUUUGGGGCUUCCAAAAACUUUUUACAAAGUAUCAAAUCUUAUUCUGGUCAAACAAAUCUUUUUAAGGUUAUUGGUAACAGCUCUUGAAUCUAUUACUAUUAUUAUUAAUUAAGGUAUAAUAAUUAUACUGGAAAAGUUAUUAAUUUUUGUUAGCAUGCGUUAAAAAUAUUUAUAUAUAUAUACAUAUAAUAUUUGAACGGUGGUGACCAUCCAAUCGUGCAUAAAAUUUGCAAAAUUCAAACCUUGUCAUCCCUUAAACGAAAAAAAAUCAACAUCUAUUCGUGUAAUUAGACUGUUUUUCAAACCAUUAUUCUUGUUAACCUACUCUUUACCCUUUUCCUUGCCUUUUACUCUCCUUCCUUCCAAUCUUAUAUUCAGAAUAUAAUAUUUGAUAUGGUUUUUGUCAGCUGAAACUUUAUAUCAGAUGAAAAUUUACCGAAACAAAAAAAACUCAAAGUAAAUUUAGACGAUGAUAAAAAU